AUGGUGUUCAAGAAACUGGUGAUCUUCACAUGCAGCCUCUUCGCCCCCAAACACCCGCAAAGAAUCAAGGAUUCGUGGUCGUACGAGGUGGCCGAGGCCGGGCUUAGUGGGAGUAAAGCGUUGUGCAGUGUGUGCUUGUCGAGAUUGAAAGAGGGAGAUGACGUGAGAGUGUUGCCAUGCAUGCACGAGUACCAUAGGGACUGCGUUGAUAGAUGGCUGAGCGGAAGCCGGAAAACCUGCCCCGUUUGCCGCUUCGCCGUGGAAAAUAACGACGGAGAUAAGCCGGAAAAGGUAGCAGUGUUGACGGAGGAGAUGCUCAUAUGGUUUUCCUCUUUCCAUAUAGCUGGUUUCUGA